CAACAACAAGCUCUAUCACUCCUACUUCGACACCGUCUCUACCGAGCGCAAAUCAACGUCACACCGCACCAGUCCCACCAAGAACUCUCAGGAGCCACCAAAGAAGCUAUCGAAAGCCUUCACCAGACAACUCGCCAAAACCCUCGCCACGAGCAAGAAACCACUGCACAGGAAAAGAAACAAGAAGGAGAAACAUUUGAAGCGAAACCGUCCCGUUCCCGCCACCAUGCCGAAACGCGCUGCUGCGGAAACCUACGAUAGCGAUGGAGGGUUCGUCGAGAACGAGGAAGAAGAUGCGCGCCGAAGCAAGAAGAAGAGCAGAGCCAACACCAGCAAGGACCUCCCCACGAAGGGAAAAGAUAAGGAUGGGGGUGUGUAUUGGGAAAUUUCGGGAAAGAGGAGAUUGCAGUUGAGUGAAUUCAAGGGGAAUACGAUGGUCGGGGUGAGGGAGUAUUAUGAGAAGGAUGGGCAGGCUUUGCCGGGGAAGAAGGGAAUUUCGAUGACGCUGGAUCAGUUCAAUACUAUUGUUGAGCUGUUGCCGCAGCUUGAGAGUGAGUUGAAGAAGAGCGGUGGAGUACUUUCGCGGCCGAAAUAUGAUCGGGCGAUUGAAAACAUGGCGAGCGCCGAUGAGGUUGACGAAGAAGAAGAGGAAAAGCCAGUACAGAAAAAGUCCAAGAGCAAGCUUGACAAGUUCAAGCACAAGAGCAAGAAUCAUGAAGCAACCAGCGAUGAGGACGAGGGAUAG